AUGCCGCUGCGCAAGGCCGACCGCGAGGCCCGCGCCAGGCAGCAGCACAACGUCGUAUUCGAAUAUCCCGACUUUCAGCUCCACUCGGCGGCAGAACACGAUAACAUCGGCCUCGUCAAGUACGCGCUUAACCAGGGCCAGCCCGUCAACGGCGCGAGGGAUGGAUUGCUGCCGCUGCAUCUCGCCUGUGCCGGCGGCGCGCUACAAGCCGCACGUCUGCUUCUUGACGCCGGCGCGGAUCCGAACGCUGAGCGCCUCCCGCCGCCGCGCCCCUCGCGCUCGCUCAAGCCGUCGUCGCACAAGGAGAAGGACCUCCCCGCCGGCGGCGCACCCGGCGCUACUCCACUACAUUUCGCCGCCGCAAAUGGGCACACGCCACUUGUAUUACUGCUGCUCCGCCACGGUGCCCGCCCAGAGAAGGCGGACAAGUACGGCGCCACUCCGGCUUCUAUCGCCAAGCAGGCGGGGUGGACAGAGAUGGCUCGCGUGCUGGAUGAAUGGGUUACGGCCCGAGAUGCCGACUUGCGGGAGCGGGGGACAAGACUGGGCGCUGUAGACCCCAGUCUAUCGCUCGACUCGUUACCCGACGAGGACGCGGGGCGAAGGAAGCUGAACGUGCAGAGGAGCAUCGACAACGUGUUCGGUUUCCGGCACCGCGCCAACUCGGCGUUAGACUCGCCUCAGGCUGCCGCUAACGCCGCAUACGCUGGUCGAAGACCGAGUCUACCAGAUCCGGAUAUUAUGAUGCCUUCUACGCCGCCGGCUAAGAAGGGCAAGAGCGGCGGGAGACCAAGCAGCGCGGGAUCGGGAUCAGGCGCGCCAUCGACUGUGGAACAGAAGCCACGACGGCUGGGAAGCAAGAUGAGCUUGCUGGGAUUGUUCAAGCGGCCCAGUGCGGACGCGUUGAAUAGCAGCGCUGCGUCGCUCAACGCCCCGCCGUCGCAGAGUCAGUCGAGGUCAAGGCAUGGCUCAGACGCAUCACGCCCUGGCAUCUUACGGCCUCAACACGGGCGCUCCAGUAGCGGUACCGGCGCGCGCUUGCGUUUUGAUUCUGCGUCUCAGUCUUCGCCGUCCCCGGCGGAUCUCGACGAGGAUGACGAAGAAGAGGAUUUCGGACGGCCAGUUGUUGGGCAUGGGCACCGCGCACGGAGCAGGAGUAUUGCAUCGACUGCGUCAUUGUCACCGUCAGCGCAUGCCGCGGCACAUCGCGCGGGAGAGUUUCCGUUCAGCAUCGAGCGUCCGCCAGAGGACGCAGACCCGUGUGAAGGCGACGAGGAUGAUACACUUCCGCGGACAGCGAGGGCACGCGACGACAGCAUGUCUACUACCGGUAGCGCUGCUCUACUACGGACGCCGCCGGGUAUGGCCGAAGUGCCGAUGUUGCAUCACAAGCCUAGCACAACGAGCUUAGGCCCUACCGCUUUGGGCGUCGCGAUUCCCGCUUCCAAAUCGCAACAGCCCACUUCGCCGCAUUCGCCUCCAUUGUCUCACUCGCCUUCGGCGCCCUUGCUAAAUGCGCAUCAUCGCCCACGAGCGAUCGAUCUGGGCGCGAUAUCGACGCAUGCGCAGGCUGCCGAGUUGGUGCAGCGCGCACAGGCGAGCGUAUUGGCGCUGAACAAGCAGGGUGACGAGGGCCAAGACGCGAUAUUUGGUGGUGCGGAGGGCGAGCAGGAUAUCCCGCUCAGCGCCAGGCUUGCGGCGUAUGGGGAGAGCUUGGCUUUGGCGCGUCGCCUGAAAGAGGCUCAGGACCCCACUGCAACGGGUGACGAUGGCGCGUCGUUUAUCGAAGACCCGUACGAAAACGGUCUUGAGACGGUGCGGGGAAAGCCGAGGGCGUUCAGUGACGCACCGAGCCCGGUUGGGUUGAGGAGACCGAGAGAGGAUACAUUCGGAAGGGUGGGGAAGGACGGGAUCGUACGGAAGGCCAGUCGAAGAGGGCAGACGGUCGAUGGGCAAACAAAGCUCAAGGGCUCUCCACGAACCCCUCGAACUCCGCCUCAUUCCCGUCGUCGCCCGCAUACAGCAGAGAGCGCAACGAGUACCACAUCGGGAGGCUUCCUCGCGCCGCCCGAUGCGUCGUUCAUGCAUCACCAUCGCUCCCGUUCGGCAGCGCCCGCACCGAGCGGCCUGUCAGAAGAGGCGCCGCUAGCUCACACGUUUGGCGACGAUGCACCGCUUGCGGGAGCGGUAGGCGCCGACGCGCCGACGUCGGGCGCCUCUCGAGAGGACAUGCUGUCACCGGCACCUGCGGGUGCCGUGGCGUCGCUCAAACGCGAGGAGGGUAUCCUUGGAGAUGUGACGACCUCGCCGUCGCCGAAGAAGUUCAACGCGGCGCUGCCGGGAAGCGAGCACAACUCGCCUAAACCCCAUCGUGCGAAUAGUAUCAGGAGCAACGACGGAUCCAGCAGUCCCGCCUUCGAUACGUCCGCCUCGUCGGGCGACCUGUUCGGCUUGAAACCAGGCGCACUCGAUCGGCAGAAUACUGCACCACAACGCUCGAAUAGUCUACGAAGCGUGCACGAACACCCCACCGGCGACCUAUUCGGUCUCAAACCAGGCGCACUCGAGCGCCCCGCGCCCAUACCCGACGCGCUCGCAGGCAAAGGCUCGAGCUCUUCCUCUUUGGGCCUCAAGCCCUCGACGUCCUCGCUGGGCAUCAAGCCUUCCGCAUCCGGCAUGGGCGUCAAACAGUCCGCGAGCGCCUCGAGCGCCAAUCGUGGGAUCGGGCUCGGGAGCAGCAAGCCGAGCCUCGCGAGCAUCCGCGAUGCGAAGGGCUCGUAUGCGCCGACCGCACAGAGCAUCGCGCAGUCGUUCGCGGCGCCGCCGUUCGACUUUGAUGCGAACCUUGGUGUGCUGGGGUUCGAUGCGCCGCCUGACGUGUUCAUUGAGCGCGCGAGGAAGGGGAGGAUGGCGGCGCAGGAGUAUGAGCGCGUGCGGACGCCGUUUGCGGGGGUGCCGCCUAUACCCGGGCCGACGUACGGCGAGGAGCUGGACCUUGCGCGCAUGCUGUCGCAUGACCCGAGUACGCCGGGUGUGUACGAUGACGACGACGGGCUGGGGCUGCAGCGUAUCAGGACGGCGCCGGACGGGGGAGGCGUGAGGAGAGCGAAUAAGCUGGCGCGGAUGGGGAUUACGCCUGAGAAGGAUGUUGGGGUGAAUGGAGGGGGCGUGGGGACGGUUGGGAAGGGGGGGAAGCUGAGGAGGUGGGUUGGAGGGUUGACGGGGAGGAGCUGA